CCACAGAGGAGAGAUGGGCAUCACACAAUCAAGAUAACACACUAUCCUAGACGAGGUCGAGCCAAGGAGCAGUAAAACAAUCGCGUGUGUAUUUUGACUCGGAAUACCUUGGGGAGGGGGUCUCUAGAGUUGAACCACACUGGGUAGGCAUAUUAGGCCCACCUACCACGUCCAGUCCACGCUUCAGUCUGAUCCGCGUCCCGGGUGGGCUGCGUCGUGUCCUGCACCAUGCGCGGACUACUGCUCGCAUGUUGCCUGUGCCUCCUACCCUCAGUGGUGAGGGGCAUCCAGGUGAACGUGCCCCAGGCUGAGCGCAGCACCAUGCUGUUCUCCUCCGUCAUCCUACGCUGUGACUACUCCACCUCCGCCAACGCCCAGAACGUCCUGGUGACCUGGCGCUUCAAGUCCUUCUGCAAGGACCCUGUCCUGGAGUACUACUCCACAGCCUACCAAUCGGCCCUCUCACUGGGGCAGGACCCGUCCAACGACUGCCCCGACCGCAUGAGGACCGUGCGCGUGGUGAUGCAAAAGACGGGCUCCAACGAGGCCAUCCUGGGAGCCGAGUACCGCGAGAGGAAGAUCUCCAUCCAGAACAUGGCUGACCUGGUGAUCAACGAGGUCAUGUGGUGGGACAACGGCGUGUAUUUCUGCGCUGUCGAUGCGCCGGGAGACACGUCAGGAGACAACGACAAAGAAGUCAAACUCAUUGUUUACCACUGGCUGACGGUACUCCUCAUCGUCCUGGGAGCCCUGCUCCUCAUCAUCCUCUUGGGGGUCUGCUGCUGCCAGUGCUGUCCUCAGCGCUGCUGCUGCUACAUCCGCUGCCCCUGCUGCCCGGAGCAGUGCUGCUGCCCCGAGAAAGCGGUGAUGCAACAUCGUAUGAUCAAGGACGCCCAGAAGGCCAUGGCUCCCUGGAUGGGAGGUCAGCACAUCUAUGCACCAAUGAGCCAACAUUCUUCCCAGAAGAAUCCCCUGCUUUACGCAGGCUCCUCCGCUGGGCACAUCCCCAUGAACCCCAUGCCCCUCCCUCCCCCUCAAUCCAUGGGCUACAGCAUGCCCCCACCCAGUAACUAUGGCAACCAGACCCCAGCUAACGGCCAGAUGUUGGACUACAUGGAGAACCAGAUGAGGGGGAUGGACAUGAGCAGCCCGAUGCUGCAGCCGCAGCCCAUGCACCCCAUGCACCCCAUGCAGCACAACCAGAUGAUGGGUCCCCCCGCCCUCUCCGUCCCCUUCUCCCCGGGGCCCCCCAGCAUGCUCUCGGCCCUCAACGACGACGGGCCGGCCGAGCGCCGCGUCAUCACGCUCCCGCCAAUCAGGGAGCAGCCUGCAGCCCGGAUGCCUCCCAGGGCGCCCUUGACCCGCCCCCCCAGCUCCAGCGCCAGCAGCCGCAACGGCGGCGGCGCCUAUCGCCGUGACGACGGAGGAGGAGGAGGAGGAGGAAGAGGGGGCCGCCGCCCGUCGCCGACGCGGUCCCGGGCCAUGUCGCGGAGCUUCAGCCAGGACUCCCUGGACGGGGGGAGCCGUGGGGCCCCCAGCCGCAGCGGGGACCUGGGCCGCCUGCGCUCCCGCUCCCGGGACGACCUGUACGAGACCCGGUCCCGCGGGAACUACUCGCCGCCGGCCUCCCACCGCUCCCGGCGGGACUCCUGGAGCUCCGACGACGAGGACAGCAGCCGGAGGGGGGGAGCGGCGAGGAGAGGAGGAGGAGGAGGGGGAGGAGGAGGAAUGUGGGUAGAUAAUCCGCCCAGCUACACGGAGUAUGAGCCCGGGUCGAAACCCGGCAAGCGGAGGAACGAGCGCCUCUCUGAUAAGAGUUUUCGGAGUGGGACAAGUGUGGUCAUCUGAGCGGACUGAGGAUGCCCUCGUAAGGUCAAACAGAACUUUUUUGUAGAGUUGUAUUCUGUCCAAAUCGAGUAAUGACAUUGCUCAAUUUUUUUUUUUUAACCUUCUUAAAUGGCGUGCAUGUAUAUGUGUAUGCAUAUACACGUGUAUAAAUAUAAUACAUGUGUAUGUGUAUAUAUAUGUAUUAUAUUUUGUAUAUUUGUGUGCAUGUGUGUUUUUAUGUAUAUGGCAUGGGAUACAUUUUCUGGUAUCCUCAAAAAUAAAUGCUUUUCAGUUUUUACCUAGUUUCUUGAUUUGUUUGUAGUGCCUCCUGGUGGUUCAGUCCAGUUUUGAAAAUGUAGUUUUUUUUUUAUAAUAUAAUUUUUUAAAAACUUAAACUUUCAUAUUAGCAUAUGUUGUUGUAAUGCAAGAUAAUUGUUUUAACCAUGUCCAUGUAGGAUACAGCCAUUGUAACUAUGUUGAAUUAAUUUUGUACAAUAUGUUUAUUUAUUUUUAACUCGGUUGCAAUAGUUAUAUUAAACUGUUUAUUGUGUGUGUACAUUACAGUAUAGGGAUAUAUACCCAAAAUUUGUGCUAACAGCAAAAUGGUAUUGUUAAUUAUUUGGGGUUGUUACAAAUAAAAGCAAUAUUACGUCUUGGGAUAUAC